GGAGCCGCUGGGAGCGCGCGCGGUGGGGGUUUCCUCGCGGGCGCAUCGUCGGGGAAGCGAAGCGGGGAAGGAGGCUUCUUCCCUCGGUAGGUGGGCAGGUAGGUGAGGAGGAAGAGGAGGCCGCCGCCGCCUCCCGCCUGAAAAAUGAAUGAAUGGGCCAGGAGGCGCAGCUGAGCCGCCGUCGGAGCCGUUGAUCCAGCCGGGGCCCUCGCGGGUGGAAGGUCUGGCCAGCGAGCCGCCUUUGUUCGGCGCUCGGCAGGGCUGCGGAAUUAUGAUUGCCGCCGGCAGCCGCCGCCGGCAGCCGGGCGCGUCGUGAGAACGGGCCGAAGCGAGGCCGGGCUUGCCUCCCCGCAAGAUCCUCGCGGAGGGUGGGCGGCGCGGGAGUCUCUUUCAGCGGCGCUCGCCGAGCCAGCCCUCCGCGCGUCCGCGGCGCCAUGGGGAAUAUCUCCUCCAACAUCUCCGCCUUCCAGUCACUGCACAUCGUCAUGCUGGGCUUGGACUCUGCGGGCAAAACCACGGUGCUGUACCGGCUCAAAUUCAACGAGUUCGUUAACACGGUGCCCACCAUCGGCUUCAACACGGAGAAGAUCAAGCUGAGCAACGGCUCCGCCAAGGGCAUCAGCUGCCACUUCUGGGACGUGGGCGGCCAGGAGAAGCUGCGCCCGCUCUGGAAGUCCUAUAGCCGCUGCACCGACGGCAUCAUCUACGUGGUGGACUCAGUGGACGUGGACCGGCUGGAGGAAGCCAAGACGGAGCUGCACAAAGUCACCAAGUUCGCCGAGAACCAAGGCACCCCGUUGCUGGUAAUCGCCAACAAGCAGGACCUGCCCAAGUCUCUGCCGGUAGCGGAGAUCGAGAAGCAGCUGGCUCUGCACGAGCUGACCCCGGCCACCACCUACCACAUCCAGCCUGCUUGCGCCAUCAUCGGCGAGGGGCUCACCGAAGGCAUGGACAAACUCUACGAGAUGAUCCUCAAGCGCAGAAAGUCCCUCAAGCAGAAGAAAAAGCAACGGUAGACAAGAGACCCCGAAAGGGAGCUGCGGCGCCUUGAAACCCAAACGGAGCUUGAUCUCCUGGUUUGACACGUCCCUUAUGGAGCAUCAGAUGAAUGCCUGUUUCCAUCCACCUUUCCAUGCUGUCCCAGACCCCCUUCCGUUUGCUUCCCCAUUAAGAGGUAGGGUAUCGUUUUCGUGUUGGCUGGCGCUUGGGAGGCAGGUCAGAUAUGCGCAUGUCAGCUUCCCCCUCCCGCUGCGAAACCGCCGCGAGCCCUUGGACAAGGAGGGAGGCUCUCCUGGGUUUUCACAUUCUGAAUCUAGCAGGACUAGAAUACAGGCGAGGACAACAUGGCUUUAUCAACUGCUUCCGUCCCUGUGGACUAACCUACACAACGCUUACCCUUGUUUAAAUUCCUCUGGAAGGUGUCUUUUUAACUAGAUAUGGAUAGAUGGAGAAACGAUUUUGGGAGAUGAAAGCCAGAAGGCUGGAUAGCACAGGGCAGGACCCUGUUUAAUCUGGAUUAAAGUUUGUGCCACCAUCUCAAGAUCUGAGUAGAAGCCCAAGGUGAUGUGUGCAUGAAGAACACUAGACUUAAGAAAUAUUGCUUGAUAGGAAAAAGAUGCUGUGGUUAGAAGGAAAAAACUGAUGCAGAUGAAAAUACAUCAUCAGUGUAUAUGGCUCAUUGAAACCAGCCUUUGUGGAAACGGUUUUCAGUCUUAAGAUAGACAUCUCCAAGGUAUUUAUGGUCUGGCAGGUUAUUAUUACCACAGUCCACAUGAUGUGGUGCUACUUCCUGGAGUGACUUAUGUGUUUCAAUAAAAGUGUCCCUGCCAUUUCAGUUAGGUGUGAGGAUGUGCAGCAGUGCCAGAAAG